AUGGCGGGUUUUCGUGGUUUACCAGAAUUCGACCCAACGGGAUCGAUUACGUGGGAUGUGUACGCCGAGCGUUUACAUUUCUGUUUGGAAGCAAGCGAUAUCGAGGAGGAUUCUAAGAAGAGAGCCGUAUUGUUAAGUGCUUGUGGUCAUGCCACAUAUGAAAUAGUAAGAUCGCUUUGCGCGCCAAAAAAACCGGGGGAAGUUGAAUACAAGGAGUUGGUAAAAUUACUAACAUCACAUUUUGCACCGGCACCGUCCAAAAUUGUGCAGCGUUUCCUGUUCAACAAGCGGGAUCAGAAAGUCGGCGAGAAAUUCUCCAGCUAUUUGGCGGAAUUGAGAAAGUUAGCAGACACGUGCAGUUUCCACGAGGAUUCACGGGAUGAAAUGCUUCGUGACAGGAUUGUGUGCGGGGUCAGGGACGAAGCGCUGCAACGUCGCUUAUUAGCGGAAAGCGACUUGACCUUGCAGAAAGCUGUCGAUGCCGCGAUUGCAGCGGAAACGGCUGGCGUAAAUUUAAACGAAUUACGAGGGUCAAUCACCGGAGGCGGCGAUACUUCGAAAUCGGCGAAUGCAGUUACAGGAAAACGGAAUGCUAAUUAUAGCACAAACAAAAGGGACAACGCGGCCGCAACAAUGAAACCCUGUUUUAGGUGCGGUGACCUUCACAAACCGGACGUUUGCAGAUGCAAAGAAGUGGUUUGCAGGUUUUGCAAGAAAAAGGGCCACAUCGAGCGAGUUUGUUUGGCGAAGGCUAAAAAUAAGACGCCGCAACGCAGAACAAUGGUUAAUCAAGUGGGCAACACCGACGAAGAUAGCUACGGGCUCGGGGAACUAUUCAACGUCAACAUGAACGACCGCGGGAAAGCAAAUCUGUUUAAGGUUAACAUUAACAUAAACGGAGAAUUGUGCGAAUUCGAGGUAGAUAGUGGCGCCAGUGACACAAUUAUGUCGUUACAAACUUUUAAUCGACUUUGGCCAAUUAAUAAACCGGAAAUGCGUCCGUGUGAAACUACUUUUCGAGAUUUUUCCAUGGCAACCGUGGAAACGGCGGGAGUUUGGCGUAAUUGGUUCGACGCACUUAAGAUUGAAAUUUCGGGAAUAAAUAAAAUUGAGGUUAACUCCUCGUUGGACGAGCUAGUGUUGGAGUUUCAGGAAGUGUUCUCGGAGGGGUUAGGCCAGUAUAAGGGGCCACCCAUUAAAUUUGCGUUAGACCCGUCCAUGGCACCAGUGAGCUGCAGAGCUCGAAACAUUCCUUUUGCGUUGAGAGGGAAAGUCGGAGCGGAAUUGGAGAAGUUGGUUCGUCAAGGAGUGCUGCAACCAAUCGACCAUUCGGAAUGGAGCAGUCCGAUUGUUCCAGUUGUUAAAAGUUCGGGCGAAAUUAGAAUUUGUGCAGACUACAAAGCCACAAUCAAUAAGGCACUACGAGUACCGGCUUACCCGAUGCCAGUAAUAAAUGAGAUCUUGGCCAGCUUGGGUGAGUGUAAAGGGUUUGCAAAAUUGGACCUAGCACAGGCAUACCAGCAAUUGAGUGUGGACGAGAAUGCAGCGAAAGCUCAAGCUGUAAUUACCCAUCGAGGUCUUUUCAAAAAAUUCAUUAAUUCAAGAUUAGCGGGAAUAGAGGGGGUCUUUCCAUAUUUCGACGACAUCCUUGUUUGUGCGCGUGAUGAAAGACAAAUUCUAGAUCGAUUGCGAGAAGUGUUACAGAGACUACAGCAGGACGGGCUGAAAUUAAAACGGGCGAAGUGCGUUUUUAAUGUACAAGAAAUUGAGUUCCUGGGAUUCAGGAUUGACAGCGAGGGAAUUCGACCGACCCAGGAGAAAGUGAAGGCAAUAUGGGCCACUCCAGAACCUACAUGUAAAAAGGAGCUGCAAGCAUUUUUAGGUUUGCUGAAUUUUUAUCAUACCUUUCUCAAGGGCAACGCUGACAUAGUCGAGCCAUUGCAUCGAUUGCUUGAUGAGGACAAACCUUGGGAGUGGACAGGUAUUCACAAAAUUGCUUUUGAAUCUGUAAAAAGCCUAGUUACAUCAGAUUCCUUGUUGGUUCACUACAACCUCGAGUUACCACUGGUGAUGGUUUGCGAUGCAUCACCUUGGGGGGUUGGUAUUGUUUUAAGUCACAUCAUGCCGGGGGGAGUGGAAGCUCCAAUUGCUUUUCAUUCCCAAACACUGUCAGCCACGCAGCGGAACUAUGCACAGCUAGAUCGAGAGGCAUUUGCCAUCAUCGCAGGAAUAAAAAAAUUCCACAAAUACCUAUAUGGCAGGGAAUUUACAAUUAUCACGGACCACAAACCGUUAUUGGGGCUAUUGGGAGCGACGAAACCGACUCCCGAGAUAUUAUCACCGCGAAUGCUAAGGUGGAUUUUAUUCUUAGCCAACUACCAGUACGAGUUAGAGUAUCGACCGGGGGCGAAAAUUCAGCAUGCUGACGCGUUAAGCCGGUUACCAGUGUCAUCAAUCGGGGCGGAUCCUGAGGGUUUGGGGGACGUCCUGAUGAUUGAAAUGAUGCCAGAGAAGAUUCUUAAUGCAGAACAAGUCGAGAAGCUAACCGGUAAAGACUUAAUUCUUUCGCGAGUGCGUGAUUGGCUGCUUAAAGGGUGGCCUAGUGACAUUCCACCUGAAUAUAUACCAUUUCGGAACAAACGCGCGGAAUUGUCAGUAUAUAAAAACUGUGUUCUGUGGGGUUCAAGGGUAGUAAUACCUGAGAAAGCGCGACAACAAGCCGUUGAAUUAUUGCACGCGACCCAUCAAGGUAUUGUGCGGAUGAAAGCGCUUGCUCGUAGUUACAUGUGGUGGCCAGGUUUGGACCAGGACAUCGAGAAAAUUGUGAAAGAGUGUAAAAAGUGCCAGGUAUGCGUGGCACCGUAUCACCCUUCGUCAAACGGCCAAGCCGAAAGAAUGGUGCAGUUUACCAAGCUAAAUUUGGCGAAAUUGGGGGAGGGAGAUUGGUCGCUGAAAAUCUCCAGAUUCUUGCUGGGCCAACACACCACACCAUGUGCCAUGACAGGGAGGGGGUAUGGUGAAGCUAGAAAAUGGGUUCCUGCCACUAUUGUUAGAUCGACUGGGCCAAUUUCGUACGAGACCAAGGACACCGAGGAGAAAAUGGUACGUCGACAUGUGGAUCAGAUCAGAGAUCGUGGGGCACCAUCCUCAUCCAGCACCGACUAUCCACCGAGAAGAACCUCAUCGGAGACAUCGGAGAACAUUCCUUGCAGCAGCGUACCAGACAACGAGGGAAUCCCGAAGGAGAACAUCGUAGAGACACAAAGUGAUGUGAGUGAGCAGGCAGUAGGGAAACGAGUGCGCAAAAGACCCUUACGUUUAGCCGAUUAUGUGCUUGAAAGCUAG